UGUGUUUUACUCCAUCCGUUCAAUGAGGAGGGUCUUCAAGGUGGCUUUGACAGGGUCCUAUGGAGUACCAAGGACCCAACUAAUCAGAAGUGGCUUGAGGCAGAGGUCCUUUACACAUUCAACACUAACCACCAGAUUGUUUUCGAGGGAGUGGCAAAGGAGUCUUCAGAUGCGUACCGCAGGUACCGCGGCUUUGUGGCGGUUGACAACGUGGCCCUCAAAACAGGGAUGGGAUGCAGAGGCCACUGCACUUUUGAAGGAGGAUUCUGCGGCUGGACCAAUGAUGAGGACGAUGACUUUGACUGGUUCCUGGGGCGUGGCAGUCAUAAUCCAUCCACUGGACCUUCAACAGACCGCACUAGUUUUAUGCAUGGAGGGAUGGAAGGAGGAUAUGCAUACAUAGAUUCGUCGUACCCCCGACGUCCAGGCGACUUUGCAAGACUGUCCAGUAUGGAAUUUGAAGCCACAGGUCCAGACAGCCCCCUGUGUCUCAGGUUCUGGACGCACAUGUACGGAAAUGGGAUUGGAGCCCUGAGUAUUCUCCUGAGUGACACCGCAGAGGCCAAGGAAUGGGAGGUCUGGAGCCUAUCUGGAGAGGCAGGCAAUGCAUGGUAUCAGGCAGAACUCCCCAUCUCUUCCCCUAACCCAUUCAUGAUCAUCAUAUCUGGCAAAGUUGGAAAGAACAACCUAGGAGACAUUGCCCUUGAUGAUCUAUCAUUCACUCAAGGAAGCUGUCCAACUGCCCCUCAGAUUGCAGCACCAAUAUCAGGGGACUGCACAUUUGAAGUGGAUGAGUGUGGAUGGGCUAAUGUUGGGGUAAGAGAUCGAGUGGAUGACAUCGACUGGGACCGUGUGUCUGGGCAGGCUACCCGGACCUCUACAUAUGAUCAUACGCUUGGAUCUGAGAAAGGAUUCCUCAUGGCCUUGGCAAGGAAUAACGUCCAGCGACCAGGAAGCCGGGCUUGGUUCGCAUCUCUGGAAAUGAAACAGACUACAAUGCCACGAUGCAUGUCAUUUUGGUUUGUGCUGAAUGAGCCAUUCAUUGAUAACACUGGUCCCAGCCUUGGAUCCCUCACGGUGUACACGAAGAAUGCAAAAUCUGUAAUGACCCCAAUAUGGAGGCUGUAUAACCACCAGGGGCCAGAGUGGAGAUAUGCACAAGCUAUGAUUCCUGAAACUACAGAGCAUAUGCAAAUUGUAUUCGAAGGAACCUGGGGUUCCAGCAGAGCUAAUGGCUUUAUUGGCUUUGAUGACAUAACUUUCUUCGGAGGAGCUUGUUCUACCAUGCCAUCAGGAGCGUAUGUUCGGGUAGGGCAGUGUCGGUUUGAGAGAGACACGUGCGACUGGUACAACGACACAACGCAAGAGAAGUCGAGCGUGUCAUGGCGCAUGGCCACUGUCUCCAGGAGACCUGCCAACCUUCCUGACAAGACAUUUGGAGCUCCAGAGGGAUACAUUUACUUCGACCUGUUCAACCAGAAUGUGGGCAGUAAUCUGGUACGCCUCAUCUCCCCCAUGAUCACUGCCAUGGAGGAGCAGACCCUCUGCUUCACAUUCUGGUUUGCUGUGUUUGGAGCAGGCGAGUCUGCUGAGCUGAGAGUCAUACGACAGGAGAACAGCUCCAGUGACAAUGGCGAGGCACCUCCACAAGAAAAGGUAUGGGUCCUGGAUGCUAAACUUAUGGACACCAGCCGUCCAACUUGGUUUCCAGCGCAGGUAGCAGUGGAUUCUCAGACUGACUUCCGCCUCCUGCUGGAAGGUCAGGCUACGAACGGCGGCUUCGCAGUGGAUGACCUCAUGUUCUCUCCAGGCUCCUGUUCAACUCGACCUGGAAAUGCUGCUGUGAAAAGCCAAGAGUUGCAGUAACAAGACUAAGUCAUGUAGCUGAGCCAUAACUGGCAGCGUAUGGAUAAACCAUAAUGCAUACCUACUCAUCUCUUUCUUCUUGAUCUGACACGCUAACAGUGUCUUUUGCUGAACCAAUAUACUAAAUGAAUGUCAAAUGAAUGGCUGUAUUGUUAGAAAUGCUUGAAAAUUAAAUUACCUCCUAAUGAACAAUAUCUAGAAACUCACAGAAGAGAAAUUUCCUUCUGUUCACCACAGGAGUGAUUGAAUCCUUUUAGGAAUGUGAAAGAUGAUGAAAGAGGCCAUUGGCUUCCAAUAUAGCUUCAAAGCUGCUAUUAACAUUGCUUCCUUUAAUUUUGAUUGAGAUUCGUGUGACCAACAGUGGGUGGACUCACAAAAUGCACAUAAAACUAAAAGCCUUAUAUUUUGCAACAGAUAACGUACCACAUCACCCACUUCCUGGCUAUACUACUAAGGGUUAUCCCACAGGAUCUUGUGCAAUGUUUUCAGAAAAGAGGGUAAAAGGGAGAUUUGGGGUUUUCAGUGGUGAAGACAUCAGUGCUGUUUUUCUGGGUUGUGGCACAAUGUGGACUUGCAGGUACAUACAUUUUUCUCUGAAAUGUUGGUAUCUACCUUUGAGCCCACAUGUUGCCAAGGACCAUCCAACUCCCUUCUCUUGUCCUCCCUGUCACAAGCAAACUCUCUUCCAAAACAUAUUCAAUUACAUUUACCAUAUUCUACCACAGUAUCAGAAUAAAUUCUGAAUUCCAACAUGUCUGAGGACUUAAUCCAAGAAAAUCAGCAUAUAUACACACACACACACACUGUAGUGGACUUAUGAGCUGAGGUGAAGUACCUGGCCACCACCCUACACUGGCACCAGAAUGCUGCAGUCUCAAAGGAUCUUAGCUUUCUGCAGUGAGAAACAGUGCUACUCUUUGAUGCCUCACUAUAACUCCUGAAGUUGAUCAAACAUUUGAGAGGUUUAUGGAAACAACCAUAGACAUCUAGAGGACUUGCAAGUACUAUAAAUUAUGGGUUCAGGCAAACAGCCACCCAAGUUUUUAAUUGAAGUGACACAGAAUGACCAAGGAGUGUGAAAAGGUAGAACCAGGGCUAAGAACAGUGCAGAAGAAAGCACCACAUACAGAUAAUUGGGACUGUGAUAUGUGGAGAAUCAGGAAUUAAUUCAGUAAAUAAUCAGUUGUACUCAUAAUAGUGUGUAAUGCUUGUGUUAAGAACCCACUGUGUAAUCACCAAUUAUGUCACUAUAUGUAAUUAUACUUAAAUUCAUACCAAACAUUAAACUGUUCCAGAUAAAAAUGGUAUAAAUGACUAGAGACAUUAUGCUACUACUUAUUAGAGUCUCACUGAUGUAAGAUGUAUUAAAUUCUAACAGUGAAACAAGAAUGUUCAGUGAAAAUUAUUAUCAACAAAGAAGGCAUUACCUCAGCUAUUUCAUAAGUCAAAGAGUAGAUGUACACAACUUCAAACCUCUGUAUCGUCCAGUGCAACAUAAAUAGUUUGGAAGGAUUUGUAUCAAUUUAAUCAAUUGAAGUGAUUUGACUUAAUCAAAAUAAAGAAAGCAUCAUCA